AUGGCGAUCAGCCCCAGAUUCAGUCGCUCCGAUCGCGAGUUUGAGGAUGUCACGAGCUCGUUGAACUUCGAUUCGGCCGAUUGUCAUAUCGUAGGUGGAUGCGAUCUUCGCUGGAAGCCCAAUACGAAUCGAUCCUCCGCUUCUCUGCGUCCCUCUCUCCCACCCAACGCUCACGAUGCGGCCGAGACUCUGAACCUGUCGAGAUCAAGUCCAUUUGGCCCCCUGAGCGAGCAUUCCAGUCGGCGUACCUUUGCUUAUCUCAUCGCAACGCUCAAUGCCAGCCAUCCAGACUACGACUUCUCACAUGUCCUGCGACCCACUGAUUUCCACCGUGAGCGGCAUAUGAAGCGCGUGAUGAAUACGGUCAACUCGACACUGUUCAACCUGCGUCCUCGCGAAUCAAUUGAUCUCUCCCCGUCAUCACCUGCCACUCUCUCCGGAUCGUACAAUACCGGUGCUCCUGCCUGGGGCCCCCGAAUGUGGCGGAUCAUGGAUGAGCACAUGUCGCUGAAGGAGUGCGCGAUCUACUCGUACUCCCCGGAGGAGGACCCGUCCGACGCCGAUGACGGAGCGAUCUGGAGCCUCCACUACUUCUUCUUCAACCCGCUGCGAAAACGUGUCUGUUAUCUCUAUCUGCGCGCAAUCCCCAUUCUCAGCCACACACCGCCCGACGAUAACGAUAACCUCUCCACAUCGACAGGCAAGCGGACCUUCGACGACGGCUAUUUGACGCCCGACUUGAGCUCAAGCAAGCGAGCCCGGUACUGGCUCGGGAGUCGGGCGGAGACCUCGCUGCAUCAUGCCGAGAGUGUGGAUGAUGACGACCAGUACAUGCUCAGCGACGAGGAAUCCCGCUCGCGCAGAGGUAGUAAAGGUAUGGUCCGGGCGAUGAGUGAGGAGCUUGUGGAUACUAUGGAGAUUUGA